AUGAUAAAAAAGGAUAGGACUGUUGAUUCGAAGUCACUACGAAAGGGUCAGUCAAUAGCAUGGCUCUUUAUUUCCCCGGUCUCCUUUCGAAGGAAAGGCCUUCGCAUUCCUAAUCCGGUACGCGGCCGGACGGCUUUGUUUGCCCCAGCUUGGCUAAUCGCAUCCCCGCGCAACGACAUUCCGCCCCGUUCUCGCUCAGUCUUUGCAACGGCUGGGGAGGCAGUCGUAGAAGCGAAGCCUAUCGCCACGCCGACCAUAAAAUACGAGAUUGGGCCCCUUCUCAAUGAUUUGAUGGAAUGGCCCAGCCCACCCAAGAGCGCUUAUGUAAUAUGGGAACUCAUGGCUGGAAACAAUCCUUAUGGUUUUGAUAUCCGGUAG